CUUGAGUUUGCUGCAAAAUUGUGCCCAAGUUUUCUAGUGAAUAUCAAUAUAUAUUCAAGCCACAACUUCCCAUUUCCUAGCUAGCAAAAGAUAUACAGGCAUGAGUAAUCUGUCACAUGAAGAGGCUAUUGAAGGAUUGAAGAAGCUUCUGAUUGAUAAUGAAAAGGAUGACCAGUCGAACAAGGAGGUUGAGGCAAAAAUUGAGAAGCUGAUCGCUGAGUUGCAAGGGAAAAGGCCUCAUGAUCAUCACUGUGAUCCAGUUAGAAGAAUUCUGGAUGGGUUUCAUCGCUUCAAGACCACUAAAUUUGACAAGUAUCCAGAGUUGUACCGUGAACUUGCAGAAGGCCAGUCCCCCAAGUUUCUGGUUUUCGCAUGCUCUGAUUCCCGGGUCAGCCCUUCUCAUGUCCUGGACUUCCAACCUGGUGAAGCCUUCAUGUUCCGCAACAUUGCUAACCUGGUUCCUGCAUUUAACCAGUUGAGAUACUCUGGAGUUGGAGCAGCUAUUGAAUAUGCUGUGGCGAGUUUGGGGGUAGAAAAUAUCUUGGUCAUUGGACAUAGUCGCUGUGGUGGGAUAAAGAGGCUUAUGACUCUCCCAGAGGAUGGUUCGACUGCUUAUGACUUCGUAGAUGAUUGGGUCAAAAUCGGUUUACCUGCCAAGGCCAAGGUCAAAGCUGAGUUUGGGCAUCUUCCACUUCCUGAACAGAUCCAGAAAUGUGAAUUCGGUGACCAUAUUGGUGUGAGGCCCUACUUGAUGUGA